AUGAAAGAAAUGUGCAGUUCAUUGCGAUUCUCGAGCAGCAGAGUAGAGAAAAAUUCCUUCGCAACUUUCUUCUUUGCGUGCGUCCUUCGCCAUCAAUCGUCUUCAUCCUUCUCCAUUGACGCGCGACUCCUCUCAACAGGUAGCAGAUCUCGUUCCUCAUCUUUCUCAAUCGACGAGAUAGCAGCAGUAGAGCGAGUUCCGUCCGCCGUCGCACCUGAGGUCACGUCACCCUCCGUCGCCGAACUAGCAAUCCACGCCGGGAGUCAAGCUGUGCCGGAGAUCCCACGCCUGCUGUCGUACGCCUAUCGAGAAGGAGCCGUGGCGAGCAGCGAGUUCCGUCGAUCCUCCUCGGCCGCUCGACUUCGUCCAGCGAGUAGCAAUCCUGCCCGAUCUGAUUGUCUGAUCAGACCUUCCCGUCGCGCCUGUUUUGGUCACCGGCCGCCGGCGACAAGAAGCAGCAAACAACAACUCGGGCCAAUGAAAGAUUCGAAAAGGGCUCCUCCUCCUCUGAACAGAUCUGAAAAAUCGAGGAGGAGAAGUGGGUGA